GGCGGAGUGACUCGGCGGCCAUUAGCUGUGUGUAGUUGCCCGGGACUAGGAGCUUAAGUGAAGAGGGAAGGCUUAUUCGGUGGAAAUCAACCAUGGCUAUGGGCUCCUGCCGGGGAUAGUCCUGGAGUACGGAGCAGGCGGGCUUUUCGGUGCCCCGCCCCGCCCAGUGGCGGGGCCUACUAGGCCUUCGGGCAUCCCCGGUCUCAAGUAGGCCUCUUCUGCCGGCAAGGGCGCUGCAAAGGCGGGAGUCACCAUGUCGCUGGUUGCUUACGCUAGCAGCGAUGAGAGUGAGCCGGAGGAGGCCGAACCGGAGGAAGAGGAGGCGGCGGCCCCUACGUCUGGGCCCACUUUAGGGGGCUUGUUCGCUUCUCUCCCCGCGCCCAAGGGUCCGGCCUUGCUGCCCCCGCCCCCCCAGAUGCUGGCCCCAGCCUUUCCCCCGCCGCUGUUGCUGCCCCCACCCGCAGGAGACCCCAGGCUUCAGCCCCCGCCCCCCUUGCCCUUCGGCCUGGGAGGCUUCCCCCCACCUCCAGGCGUCAGCCCGGCUGAAGCGGCGGGAGUUGGGGAGGGGAUGGGCCUGGGGCUGCCGUCGCCCCGGGGUCCUGGUCUCAGUCUGCCCCCCCCUAUCGGCGGUGCCGGGCCCCCCCUGGGGCUUCCCAAGCCAAAGAAGAGGACGGAGCCGGUGAAGAUCGCGGCGCCGGAGCUGCAUAAGGGGGAUCAUCGUCACCUCAGGCUGGCUUUUCCCUGAGAACAAGAUGAAAUCUGGCACCUGAAGAAAUGACAGGGGACAGGACUCCCGAGCCUUGCUGAACACCCAGUACCAACCUUUACUUCUGAACUCAGUAGCAUCAACCCUGGAGGGAAAGGAUGGGACUCCCGGACCCUGUUUUUAAGGGGAGGUAGGGAAGAAAUCGAGUAUUUAUUGAUUUCGGAUCAUUUGCCAGGCCCUGGCCCUCUCCUUCACUUCUCUCAGAUACCUAGGAGAUCACAGUGUGUUUUACAGAUGAGAACCAGGAGUCUGGCAUGUAAGAUCCGACCUGGUAAAGGCAGAGGGAAGAUUAAGAGCCGGGUCUACCUGAACCUCAGAUCUGUGCCUCAGUUCUAGGUAUUGUCAAGCUGGGUGAGUUAGGAUAUGCUUAGGUACUAUUUUUACAGGAGGCCGUCAAACUUCUGUCAAAGGCGUCUUCCGGAGC